UGUCGGCCUCACCAUGGUCACACCCUGCAGCCAGCAGCCCCUCCGUCUCAGACACCCACCCCUGCCUUUUCUAACGACACUCUUAUCAGUCAGAACCAGAGAUCUGUAGGUAUGUGUGUCCAGAAGGAGGAGGGUGGUAAGAGGGGAGGAUCAGUGAGUCACACCACUGUUUCUUGAGACUUUAUGACCUCAGUCAGCACAGAGCCUUUUAUUAAGACGCAGCAAGCAGGCCCAGACACAAUAAGCUCCACAGUUCAGCGCCUCAGAGUGAAGAACCAGAGUAAUGGAGGAAGGACCCUAUAAGUACAUCAGGGACGGGAACGGCAAAGUCAGCCGGGUCAUCAGGAUCGGAACUCGCAAGAGCCAGCUGGCUCGCAUCCAGACUGACAGUGUGGCCGACAAGCUGAAGGAGCUCUACCCGGACGUCCACCUGGAAAUAGUUGCCAUGUCAACAACAGGAGAUAUAAUUCUUGACAGAGCUUUAUCAAAGAUUGGUGAGAAGAGUUUAUUCACCAAAGAGUUGGAGAACGCCCUGGAGAGGAACGAGGUGGACCUGGUCAUUCACUCGCUGAAAGAUCUUCCCACCAGCCUGCCUGCAGGGUUCACCAUCGGAGCCGUGCUGAAGAGGGAGAACCCCCAUGAUGCAGUGGUGCUUCAUCCAAGCAACACCGGAAAAACUCUGGACACCCUUCCAGAGAAAAGUGUUAUUGGCACGAGUUCAUUACGCCGCGCUGCCCAGCUGAAGAAGAGGUUUCCCCAUCUGGAGUUCAAGGACAUCCGUGGGAACCUGAACACGCGUCUGAAGAAGCUGGAUGAGAAGGACGACUUCGCUGCCAUCAUCCUGGCUGCUGCCGGCCUGAAGAGGAUGGGCUGGGAGAACCGGAUCAGCAUGGUCCUGGAGCCUGAAGACUGUAUGUAUGCUGUUGGACAGGGGGCUUUGGCAGUGGAGGUCCGGGCCAGAGAUGCAGACAUCCUGGAGAUGGUGUCUGUUCUCCAUGACCCCGACACUGUGCUGCGCUGCAUCGCUGAGAGAGCUUUCCUCAAACAACUGGAGGGCGGCUGUAGCGUUCCUGUGGCUGUGCACACCCAGGUGAAGGACUCCCAGCUCUACCUGACCGGCGCCGUGUACAGUCUGGAUGGAUCACAGAGCAUCAAAGAAACCAUGCAGACCAGCAUCGCCCCCGGCAAUAAGCAGAACCUGGAGAGAGUGGACGAGCAGGUCCAGAGAGUGGGAGUCACAGCCAUCAAAGUCCCAGCUGAAGCCCAGGAUGCGGCUGAGCAGCUGGGCGUCAAACUGGCUGAUUUACUGCUAAGCAAAGGAGCCAAGGAGAUCCUGACGGUGGCCCGGCAGCUCAACGAUGCCAGAUAAUCCCAUCCCCGUCCCCCACGCCUCCAAUGGAAGGGACUGUUCAGUUUAACGCAACCUUGUUUCAAGUAAAACCACAACGUCAGUCUUGUGUAAUGCUAACUUAAAGCCCACUUGAUUCUUGAUUGAAAAACUGUUGUGUAAACACUACUUGAACCAAAGUUGCGCUCAGAACAUCAGUUUGUCAGGAGUCCCUUCUGUUCAUGGGCCUUUAUUUGGGUGCUAGUCUGUACUUACCUCAGUGAACCAUCUCCUUAACCACACACACAUCAGCCCACUGGGAUGAUCAGGGAGAAACACAAAACGGCCUUCAGCAACUGCAUCACCAACUGCAAUGAGUCCAGGACGUGUCACCAUCAUCCAAGUGGAACAGAAAGGAAGAGCUUAUCCGCACCGCAUGCAUAGUCUUGAUACACUUCAAGAGAUGAAAUGUGUUUGUCACAGUAAGCAGGAAGGAAAUGUUGAGUCCAAUGCUGCCCAUAUCAGAACUGGAGAGUGAGGCUGGGAUCUGCACAUUUCUGCACUGAACCGGACAUUUCAACGCUCGAACCUGUAGCUUCAGAACUGUUCCCGCAGUUCAGUUUUCUGUUCUUUACAACCAGAGAUGUUUUUAAGUUUUACUUACAAUGUGAAAAAUGUUUGCAUAAAUAGAAAACGGCUGGCAAGAGCACGUGAUUAGCACUGUGUUCGCACAAACAUUUAAA